CAACCACUCACUGUCUGGCUGAGUUCCGCUGGGCGCAACCCAUGGAAGGUGGUUCUCAUCCUCGAGGAGCUUGGAGUCUCCUAUAAGACCGAAAGUUUCAAGUUCGACUAUGUCAAGGACAAGCCUUACAUUGACAUCUGCCCGAACGGGCGGGUCCCCGCCAUUGUCGACCCGAACACCAACCUGACCCUGUGGGAGUCCGGGGCAAUCAUUCAAUACCUGGAGGAGACUUAUGAUACGGAGAAAGAACUAAUCUACGAGUCACUCAACGAGCGCCAUCUGCUGAACCAGUAUCUGCACUUCCAGCUGAGUGGUCAAGGGCCUUACUACGGCCAGUCAGGGUGGUUCAACGUCCUCCACCCCGAAAGAUUACCCUCCGUCAUUGAGCGCUACAACGGACAGGUCCGCCGCGUGCUGAGCGUGCUGGAAACCUUCCUGGGAGGAGAGAAGACCUGGUUGGUCAGGGAUAAGUGUACUUUUGCCGAUCUUUCUUUCAUGCCGUGGAACACAAGACUAGACUUUGUGCUCAUGUCCAAGCCCGGGGAGGACCCCCUGGCUCCCCAUCCCAACGUGCAGGCGUGGCCCAAGCGGAUGGUGGAGCGUCCGGCUUGGAAGCGAGCGAUGGCGGUCCGGGAUCUGCUGAUGAACGACCAGGGGCUGAUGCCCAAUGGAGUGCCUAAGGGGAUCAGCAACAUCAAAGAGUAUGAG